AUGAUAACAAGUCUUAGAUCUUUGAUCAUUUUCUUCAUUUUGGUACUUGCCAUUCUGCCGGAAGUCAUUUCACAACUUGCGAAUUGUCAAAACUAUGGAACUCCAUUGAAUUCAACGGAUUGUAGAUGUCCGGCUUAUGUGAAUGGACGGCUAUGUGAAACUGUAGUAUGCAGACGAUACGGUGUUCCUGACAAGAAUCGAUGUGCUUGUGCUCCCGGAUGGUAUGAUCCAUACUGUGGAUUACGUGGAUGUAGACCAGCGAAUGAGGACCAGAUGAAUCUGGAGAAGAGAUCGUUGAUAGUUGUUUUUAAUACGAAAACAACGAUGAAGGCACAGUUAGAGACGUUGAAGAAGAAUUUCAAGGAAAUGGUUUCGAGGGUUACCAAGAAUUCAUUCGGAACGAUGGAUAACUGGAUCGAUAAUUAUAUCAUCUACGGAUUCGUCCAAACGAAAACCGAGCUUAAGAUACAAACUCAACUCUCAUAUGACGUUGAUGACAUCAUCAAUUACUUGAGUGAUUUGUCUCUUUACGAAGGAGACGAAACUCAACCAGUGCUAACUGCCAUGAAGAAUGCACAACAAAUAUAUCCAAAGAUGAAAUCUCAUGCCAUCGUGCUUGUCUUUACAGACAGUCCUGCUUCGGAUGCAACUCAAUGGUCACAUAGAUUUACAGACAAGAAUCAAGAACAAGAUGUCCUUCAGAUCUCGCUUUUAUGGAGAUCCAAGUAUUCGUUCUUCCUUUCUCUACCGGCUGGAGUUGAUUCAUCAUCAAAUGGAGUGGACGUGUAUCGAAGACUGACACUGACCAAUCACGGAGACAAUUUCUUCAUUCAAGACUCCAACGAUCUCGUCAAAGUUCUUCUUUCUGUAAUAGGAUCCCAAUAUUAUCCAGAAAACGUGGCUGUUAGAUACGGGAAAAUAGGAGAUGAAACAGUAACCACUUAUGUAGAUAAUGAUGGGGAUAUUGUAUACUUCUUGCUCACAAUCAAUCCAUCAACUCAAUCAACAUUGCCAACUAUUUCUGGAGCAACUCUUGUCGCUGAAGGACCGUCUUACAGACUCUACACAAGACCAAGCAAACUGGGUGAUACCGUAACAAUCUCUUCUCCAACAGCUGUGUCAAUCUACAACUACAGAAUGUUCAUUCAGUCAAGGAACACACUUUUGUUCAACUACAACGACGACAUGACGAUUGAUGUGGGAAAUGGGAUGGCUGUUAUUGGUAUCGACAUGUUUUCAACUAUGCAGACUUAUGGAUUCCCAAAAUGGUCAAAUAGUUCCUAUGAAGUGAGAUCGGCAGACGGAAAACUGCUUCGAGAAAAAUUCUAUUCAUCCGAGAGACCACAAGAAGAUUGUACUUUUUCGUAUGGAUUCCCAGCCUGGAAAACUCUUGCAUGUCCACCAGGACCUAUCACACAACUUCACACGUUUUACUACAACGGAUACAACCAACAAAGGGUAACGCCAGGUUAUUGUAUAGAAAGUGAUCAUAAUCCGGAUCAUCCAAAUGGAGUCACAGGAAAUAGUGAUGAUUCAAAACUGGAAAGACCUCAAGAUGCAGUUAUUCAGUGCAGUUCGAAGAACAUUGCAGCGAUCAGUGAUCCCAGAUUAGCAAAAUCAAGACAAUACAUUUUCAUUUUGGAACAACAUUCAGCAAAUCAACAAGUUUACAAAACCCUGGCUAAGGAAAUCAAUCAAAUUUUGUAUCUAACUAACUCUACUACACCCAGUAACUAUUUGAAGGAGUUCACUUUGAUCGUACAUAACUCAAAAGAAUCACAUGUGCUCCUGAGCUUUUACAACCCAAUACUUUUCGGAGAAAGGUUCCAAAGACUGGUCACUUCUCUGACUCUGCUUCCUAAUCUAGACAAUACAAUGGGGCUGCAUUCAAUUGUCCAAACACAGAAAAUGAACAUCCAACCAUCAGCUCAAGUCUACUAUUUCACAAAUCAAGCUGUUAAAAAUGUUCAAAAUAUCUCGAGGAACUGGGAUCUUGUGAAAAGAGAUGUUGAGGUCAACUUCUUUACAAUUUCUGAUGGAGUAACAACAGAAAUAUUCGCACUUCCAAAACAAUUGGAACUGGUUCAAAAAAUGACAAACGGACGGUUGAUUCCGUUGGGGAAAACUGAGGAAACACUUCUUCCCAUUUUCACUGAUAUGAUGGAUGUAACUACACUGACAACAGACAACGAACAAUAUAACUGUCACGACACGCCGCUAGAAAUCAGUGGAUAUUUUGAAGGCGGUGCAGAGUUUUCAGUGAUUCAAUUAGUUGGAACAGGACUUAAAACUGUCAAAAUGCAGGAUUCAAACGGUGCCUUGAUUACGGUGUCCGACUACAUAACCUAUCAAAAUCCAAACUUUAUUUCAAUGAAAAUCAAUUCGAACUUAUUCGCAAGUGGAAUUUGGAGAAUCUCAGCCUUGUCUACUGCUGGUGGAUGUCAGAUAACUGUUCGACAAAAAACUUCUGUUGGAGUUAUCAUGGGAUUCACGUCCUCCAAUACUGAUGACAACGUCUCAUCUCAAAUUAUAUCACAGAGAAGCGUAUCCGGAUCUCAGCCUAUUUUCGUGCCAAUCAAAGUCACUAACGAUGUGGUUCCGACUAAUUUAGAAAUACAAAUUGUUAACCGAAAAAGAUACGAUCAACCUCAGAGUUAUGCCAACACAACCAUUACUCCUAGAGAUCCUAACUCUUGUUCAUUCAACUUCGUAUCCGGGAGUGUUGUAGUUCCUAAAAGUGAACUAACGACUUGGACAGUGACUGCUUUCAAUUCUGGAGCACUAAUUCUCCAUCGUAUAUUCUAUUAUUAUCAACAUCUUCCAGCAGAUCCAUCUGUAUGCAAUGGUGGACAAGUAGAUCGAUUCGGACGAUGUGUCUGUCCAGAAAGAUAUACGGGAGACUACUGUUGGGAUAGAAUUUGUCAACCGCCAGCUACAUAUUCUUACGGAAUGUGUAGUUGUCCUCCUGGUUAUUAUGGUGAUUUUUGUGAGAUUGAACUGAUUCUGCCUUCAAAUGCGACUACAGUAUCCACUGGGACCACUACUACAGUUCAGACCACAACAAAGUUAGCACAAUUGAACAUGUAUGCCUCUGUCAUAACUUUCACAUGUCUUUCAAUUUUAUGUUUUAAUUAA